AUGGAAGAUCAGUUUCCAAAGAUGGAAACCUUCAUGCAUAAAGAGUUGCCUUCUUAUAUUCAAGGAAUGGCCGCAAGGUCAAAUCUUUUUGGUGAUCCAAUAAUCUUGGGUGCUCUGGCUCAGACUGCUUGUCAAGAUCAUCCUGGGAGAGGUGAUAUGAUCAAAUCAUCAUCAUCAUCUGCAGCAGCAGCAUCACCUCAUAGGCUGUUUUCCUGUACAGAUUCUACUUCCUCCACAGAGGAGGCUAACAUCCAUGGUUUCACUAAACAGGAUGUUAUCAUCCAUAAACAACACCACCAUACACGUCCAUUUGCUUCAGCAUCAGGUGCCAAAGAAAGCUUCAUUAUUCCUGUGAAUUUUUUGGAUACGUUUCCAAAACUAACACAAGCUCAAGUUUCUGAUCAACCCUCUUCUCCAUCUUCAUUAUCAGCCACAUCAAAGUUCCCAAAUUUGACUUUGUUUCUGCAGGAACCUACCAUGUUAGAUCAUUCUACACGAAUUGUUGACUCCCCUACAGGCAAGAACCUUAAAUGUCAAUCCAUGUCGUCGUCGUCAUCAUCAUUCUCUUCCCUUCCUAUCUCCCAAAUCGGCCAAAUUCAGUCCCAUCGGAGCGAUGAUCAAUGGCUCAAAAUCGAUCAGAAUAUGACAAACUACUCCUCUAAAGGCCUUAUAAAUGACUCCUGGCUCAGCACCACCAAGACGCAGCCCAUGAAGUACAGUGGACGAAGAAUACAGAAUCAAAUACAGAAGACUACUUUUUCACCUGUUUCAUCACAAGGAAAGCUUUUCAGGGGGGUGAGGCAAAGGCACUGGGGGAAAUGGGUUGCUGAGAUAAGGUUGCCAAGAAACAGGACAAGAGUUUGGUUAGGGACUUUCGACACGGCGGAAGAGGCUGCCAUUGCAUACGACACGGCGGCUUACAUGCUACGUGGGGAAUAUGCACAGCUGAAUUUCCCAGAUCAAAAGCAUCAACUCAAGGCAAAUUCUUUGAAUGGAGCCACAGCAGCCCUUCUCGAAGCAAAGUUACGGGCGAUAUCGCAUUCACAGGGCAUUUCUGCUCACAAGCAGCCCGCUGACUUGCCGCUUACAUCACCGAAGAACCACUUAUCUGAUCAAAACAAAAAACUCAAAGCUUUGACCCAAAACCCAUCAAGAAAAGACUGGCAGUUUGAGUUGGAGAGCAAAGUUGGAUCAGAGGUGAUCGAGAACAAGAAAAGUCAGGAGGUAUUAUCAGAUGUGGAUGCUGUUCAGCUAAGUAGGAUGCCCUCCUUGGACAUGGACAUGAUAUGGGAUGCUCUUUUAGUCUCGGAGUCAUGACCAUCAGCCCCCCAUGAUUUUUCUCAUGUGGUAUUAAGUUUUUACUCAAACCAUUUUUCUUUCAGUAGGAAACGGUAGUAUUAUAUCUUUCCAUUACUGGUCAUACUACAGGAUCUAUGCAAUCUUUUGCCAUCAUGAUAUUUGGUUUGAGGAUGUU